UUCAUUCGCCAUUCGGAUCUGUCGUGCUUACUGCACGGCGCCCACGAACGCGCUACUGAACAUUGCAAACAUGGUUCCGAUACACAUAAAAAUUAGGAGUGUUGUCUGUCUUUGGAACCUUCUCAACAAGGCUCCAAUAAACAACGAGACAGACCAUAGCUGUGACAUCAAUGUGAGUGAUGAGAACCGCCUGGAGGAACCUGAGAUGAAAGCUCAAAUUGUCAAACACGGGAUUGAUAGGAGCACUAAUAGAUGGGACACCCUCCACCACCCAGCAGAACACAGCAGUAUCAAAAUAGAAUUGAGAGACAACACGGAUCACCCGGCUUACGACUGGCACAUUUACACCGACGGAGCCAGCAAUGGAGAUGGCACAGGGGCAGCUCUGGUUAUCUAUCACAACCACGAUAAGGUGGUUGUACACGAGGAAUAUUACAAGCUAGGUGAGCUCUGUACUAAUAACCAGGUGGAGCUCUGGGGUCUGGAUAGAGCCCUCAACUACGUCAUCAAGAACAUAAAAUGCAUGAAAGGAUCUAUCAAAUUCAUAACCGAUAGCAGGUACGCUCUUCGAAGCGUCAAUGACAGAAAGCAUCAAACCGAAACUGGGGCAAACAUCCAGCAGAUGGCGAGGCACCUCAGUAAAAUGAGGCUGGUCAGCUUUGUUUGGGUCCCUGGCCAUGCCGGGAUUCAAGGUAACGAAAGAGCCAACGCCCUCGCAAAGAGAGCAGCUAAAAGUAACAUAAACAUAUCAUUCAGCAGGCUCCCCCUAAAUUACAUUCAUAAGCAACUAAACUCCAUUAUCAUAAAGGAAUGGCAGGACGAAUGGACCAAUUCCUCCACUGGAAGAACAACGUUCAACUUCCUCCCAUCCAUCAAAACCCGUCAGGGUAUGAACUACCUCUCUCCCUCUUACCACCUUACCCAGGUGCUUACUGGCCACGGGAACAUCCCUAGCUAUUUAUACUGCAUUAAAAAGAGGAACGACGAUCACUGCGACUGCGACGGGUCCACUACAGGUGACAUCAGUCACAUUCUAACCGACUGCCCGAAUCACGACACACCAAGGAAUGCACUCAUAAACUACUGUAUAACCAACGGUACAAUCUGGCCUCCGCCAUGGGAAUUCUUCUGUGCAACCAAGGAGGCAUACAGCCAACUCGACAAAUUCGCGAAGGACUGCGGCAUCUUUGCCGUCAACUCAGCAACCUGAGCCCUGGACUUUUUUGGGCGGUUUCCCGUCCUUCUGCCACCACCAUGAAGGUUGCUACCGAUCACCCUCUGCAAGCGUGAUUGCAACUUAGUUAAUUGGACAUGUACUGUACAUUGUCACCCUCUGCAAGUGUAUCUGCAAUGUUAACCAGCUAUGUAACUACUGUCAUCUCUUACCCCUAGUGUUGUAGUAUCAUCACUACCACUUUACUCCUCCGGCAAGACUUGUUUAAUCUUAAUUGUAUUAAUUAUAAACUAUUUGUUGUAUUAACCACAGGAUGGUGUAUAUAUUAGCAUCAGGUUCUUGUUGUAAUACUCUGCUUCCGGAUUGGUCUCUGUAUUCUGUUGUACUACUGACUUUAUAUUAUUCGCGAUGUAAGUUGGCAUUGGGAUCCAUACCUACCCCAACCUUUACUUCCAACCUAUGCUAUCCCUU